GAGAAAGCAACAGAAAGUUAAUAAGAAACCCUCAUUAUCGAGAGAGAGAGAGAGAGAGAGAGAGAGAGAGGGCGUAUGUGUGUUUGUGUGGGAGAUGAGAUCUGCAUAUGUACAAGAAAAAAUAGAGAGAGAAAGAGAGGGAGAACAGCCCCCCAGCCCCAGCCAGCCCCAUUAACCCUCUACCUCUCUCUCUGCCAAAAAAAAAAAAUCAUCUUCUUCUCCGCCUCUAUAAAUAUUCAUCUCCUCCAUUAAUUUUUCUCUUUUCUCUCUGUGCCUCUGUGUAUUAUAUCGUCCUCUCCUCUCCGUGGGUUAGAGAGAGAGAGAGAGAGCUCGGACAGAGAGAGAGAGAGAGAGAGAGAGAGAGAGAGAGGUCCGCCCACACCACCCCCGCACGCACAUGAGGAUCCGUAAGAACGCGAAGCUCUCGUCGCUGCAGCUGGGUCUCUCCUCCUCGACGCCGACCGCGGCCUUACAGUCGCACGUCUGCCAGCUCAACCAGUCCCCAUGGGACGUGAUUACCUUCUCUCACGACUACCCCUCCCCGACGUCGUCGUUUCAUCUCUACCACCACCGCCAGCUCGAAGGAGCUGACGGAUUCGCCGGAAAUGCCACCUUCAGCGAUUCCCUCGGACCGCUCGACGGCGGCGUCGAGAUGGCCAUGGAGGAUGAUGACUAUGAUACUGGGAACUGGAAGCGAGAGGAAGCUCCCGAUGAUAAUAAUAUUGAUGAUGGUGAUAAUCAUAAUAAUACCGAUGAUACUGCUCAUUAUCGGGAAGGUAAUAGUAAUACCAGGGGUGGGUUCCCCGGGGGCUUCGGCAUGAUGAGGGGAUGCUGCAAGAGGACCAACGGCAAGGGGUGGCAGUGCUCUAGAGAGGCCAAGGAAGGGCAUUAUUUAUGCGACCACCACUCGAAGUCUCACAAUACCGACAAUAAUAAUAGCGUUAGUGGAGCGGCCUAUGGCUCUGGUACUGAGCCGUCUGCCUCCUCAGCCAAGAAGGGCGGGACGGGCCGCCGGGGCCGGCCGCCCAAGAGAGGCCCAUCGUCCAAGUCGUCGUCCGAGGCAAAUAAUUCGAACCAGUUCUAUUACUACUCGGGGUUCGGCCCCUCGUGGGGGAGACGGCGAGCUCAGACUCAGAGGGGUGGCAGCGGCAGCAGAGGAGGAGGAGGAGGAGGAGGAGGCCGAGGGGAGUCGAGGAUAGAGGCGGGGGAAGAGAGCAGCGGACGGAGCUCGGGGACGUCGCCGCCGCCGCCGCCAUCGUGUCGGGUAGGCGCCGGCGGGGAGGAGGAGAUGGAAUUGGAUUAUGCAGUGAUAUACGAUAUAGAAGAAGAUGAGGAUGAGGUGGAAGAAGGUGGGACAAAUGAGGAGGGAAGUGGAGGAGGGGGAGGGCGGAAGAGGACGAGGAAGCCGGUGAAGGCCCGAUCGUUGAAGUCUCUGAUGUGAAUCGUUGGUGGGAGACAUUAUUCCGCAAGUCUAUGAGCUCGAAAUGUUGUCGAUGAUUAUCGUAUCGUAAAAACUCUUGGGGCAUUCGUUCGUUUGAGGAGCAGUGCUUGCUUAGGGUUACAGCAAAUUUCAGUUCCUUUUUUUUUUUUUUUUUUUAGAGUUUUGUUUUCUUUAAUUAAUAUUAAAUUAUAUAUAAUCUAUAAAAAUGGGAGGAAAUUUUAUUUGCA